UGCAGGCUGAUCCUGCUUAUGAAGACAACUUGCUGAUAGUCAAGAGUGUAAGUGUGAGAGCGUGCAUCAGAAACUGGACACAUUUUCUCCCAUUUGCUUGUUGAGUGAUGGUGUAAUGACUUUAGGAGAAUCUUUUAGUACAUUUUACUCUAAUGAAACUCGCCCAACUCAACAGGCAGUUGCCAUUAUAGUGGCUUGAUCGUCCACAAACCUCAGCUUCAACGUUUUGCCUGUCCGUUCAGGAUGAACGGUACAUUCUUUAACCACACUGUCUUUAUGCGCGGAGCUCUGCUCAACCGCAGUCAAGAACUGGCGGGGACACUGGUUGAUUGCUGCACGGGUAACGGGAGCGAAGUGACCGCGAACGACGGCGGUGGGUCUUUAGUUCUCGCCCAAGAUGAGCGCAAGCUGUUCGUGACGCGCGUGGUGCAGAUCGCGGUGCUGUGCGUUCUGUCGCUCACGGUGAUGUUCGGGAUCUUCUUCCUUGGUUGCAACCUUAUGAUCAAGUCCGAAAGUAUGAUCAACUUUCUGGUCAAGGACCGGAGACCAUCCAAAGACGUCGAGGCGGUGAUGAUCGGACUGAGUUAGUCACGGGUGUCACCUGUAACUGUCCGGCUGGACCGCAUUCCAGGUGCAGCAUGGCAAGUGACCCCCAGUUGUUCUCAGUUUGUGGGGCACGAAGAUAUGCAACUUACAUUUUUACUCCCUUUGAAGCCGACGCGGAUGAACUGUUUCAAAGAUUACAGAGAAACACACUGACGUAUUGUUACGAAAAGUUGCACGUUUAUGAAAUGCGAAUGUAUUGUUUAUUCAUGCGUAGCUCUUUGUAUUUAAGGUUAUUAUGCUUAUGUAUUAAGAAUGACAAUAUGGGAACAAGUGAAUUUACAGUGAAGUGUUUACACGUUUUUACAUCAGAUUUAAGUAGUCUAUGGAAAAUGUUUGUACAAGACAAUCACUUCCGAAAGCAUGUCUUUUUAUCUGAACAGUAACUCUUUUGCACUUUGCAUUUCAAGUGUUAUAUAUCUUUAAGAUGUCCAAAUGUAUUUUUCUUCGAGUUUAGUUAAGGCACGCGAGGGGGGAAACCGCUCAUUUGGUGGAGGGGGCAUUUGCACGGUUCUUGUAAUUUUUUUAUGACUCCUUCCCCGUUUGCACGGGUUGACGUCUUUCCCCUCAGCAUGCGCGAUGCUCGGUGUGUCCAGCACUUUCUAAA